UUGCCAUUCAGGCAGGUUUAUAUCAAUCUGAAAUAUAGUUUACCAUGUUGAGGUUAUAGCGUCCAUUAUUUAACAUAUACGCAGUAAGAAGGAUGAUUUUGUAUUGCGCAGUAUUUUGGGAGCUAUGACGUAACGAAAGUGUUUAUACGCCUGUUACCGUGAGAGCGUUGGGAUAAAGCUUGUGUCAUGGGGUGUGGCCAGAGUGUGCGGGUCAAUCUCCGGACAAAAAAGGACGACCCAAAGUCAAAAACAAUAGCCGACCCCGUGAUACAAUACGGGACAUACCAGUUCAAUAGAAACAGUAUAUUCGUGGAGACCCAUAGUCUGUACGUGGUGGACCCCAGUCCCCUAGAGUUCUUUCCCCCUCCCCAUGUACCUCCCACCAGUAAAUCGGAGAUUUUCAAUGAAGAGGAAUAUGAGCAUCUUGAUAAACGAGCGAUGAAGGUUCCCAAUGAAAAGAAGAAGGGAACUCUAAUCAAGCUCGUCAAGUAUCUUAUCAAACCUUGCAAGGAUGAUGUUGGGAAAGUUCGUGUUUUGUUCACGUGGUUGUGCGCCCAGAACAUGGAUAAAAUGGUUGUCCCCAUGCAGCCACCGAAAGAGAAUUCAGUCGUCUAUUAUCUUACACGUCUCAAAGUCAAGAAAAACAACUAUGCUCAGAUGUUCAGCUUUCUUUGCAGAAUCAUCAACAUACCAUGCAUCUGUAUCCAUGGUUACCUGAAAGGAAGUACGUACCAAAUAGGUCAGUCUGUGGAGAAAAAUAAGGCUGCCUUAUACGGAGAGUGGAACGCGGUUCUCAUUGACAACACAUGGCGUCUCAUUAACCCGUACUGGGCCGCAUGCGCAGUGGGAACGGAAGUUAGUGAAAAUGUAGACAGAACAUUCAAGGUUGAUGAAACCUACUUCCUUCCUGAUCCGGAGCAGCUAGUGAACUCUCAUUUUCCAGAAGAACCCAGUUGGCAGCUUGUGGAUAGACCAGUAAGUAUUCAUGGAUUCGAAAGGAAAGCUUUCGUUAAAGAGAGAUUCUUCGAGCUGGGCAUGAGACUGCUGACGCAUUCUUUAUGUGAGCUACAAACAGACUCGGGGGACAUAGAACUGACCUUCGGAAUACCUGAGCACAAGAAAAUGGAUAUCCAAUUAAACUGUCUCAUCUUCAGAGCUGACUUUAAUGAUUGGCACCUUCAGGAAGACAGUCGAUUCCAACACGACAUGAUUUACAACCCGAAUGACAAUUCCGUUGCUAUUCGAAUUCGAUUUCCGCGAAAAGGUACAUACAAAUUGGAAAUAGUCGGGAAAGACCGAACCAUCGAAGAAGAUGGUUACGAUUUUGAUUGGGUAGCAGUUUAUAAGAUCCGAGUUAAUGGAUUCCCGAAGAAGUACCAGGCGUUCCCGAAAGUAGGAGACUCUGGUUGGGGGAACAAUCCCCGGAUUGAGGAGAAUGGAUUAGCGGCGCUGUCACAUCCUCAUGCCGUUAUCCUUGCGGAGGGAGACAUGACUCUGAUAGCGUUCGGCAUUGAGGAAGACUCGGCUAAAGGUUUGGACCUCCGGUACCGCCUGACGGACGUAAACAAGAGCCUAGAUGCCCUUCCCCUGGAGAAAACGGGAGUGACUGAGGAAGAGGACCAAUAUAUCAUUGAGGUGCGUCCUCCCCAGGGCGACGAGGCGGCGCUGGUUGUCUACAUACUAACAGAAGAGGGCGAGCAGAUCAACAUUUGUAACAAUCUCAUUGUCGGCGUCGAUGCCGCCAGCGUCAACUUAGCGGAGGACAUCGCAAAUGUGAAAUCACAGCUUCAGGCAGCAAUAGAUGACCUUCACCUUGCAGCAUUAGAUCGUGCAGUGGAUCUUGUCAACAUAAAAGAGUACGAGGAACCGAUGCAGCGUGAAAUGAACAUCGCACGUGAUCUUAUUACACGCUUUACAAACCUACACGUUCAGAAACAUGACGUGCUGGCCAUUCCAAACUCGACCAUUACCGAAAUUUGUAGUAACCCGGUGUUAGACGAAGUGCAUGAGGUCAUCAAGGCUAUGCUACUGUUGCUUGGAGACUAUGAAGAAAUAACCACGAUUUGGACGAAUGCGAUUGAAAUCCUAUCGAGGAAAGAGACGCAAUCACUGAGAAACAGAAUCAACACUUUCAACAUUCUCAAGCUGGACAUGGAUAUCACACUUGGUGCCAACAAACUGAUAUCGAGGCUUGACCUUGAGAAAAUCACCACCAACUGUCCUGCAGCUGGACAUAUGUAUAUGUGGGUAAAAGGGAUCGUAGAAGAAAACAUGAAGAGGAGGCCAGAUGAGGUCAAGAAAACUAUCCCAAGAACCCACGAAUUGGGUGGCCCCGGGGCUCCCAUAUUUAAAAUUAAGGAGAUCGCCGGCAAAGUCCCGAUCAGCGAAAUUUGACGAGACCUCAGGAGAAAUGUAUUGACGUGGACGGACUGUACAUUGCAAUGUUGUAAUGCGGAACUUAUUCAUCCAAGAAUGUCUAUUUUAUCAAAAAAAUAAAUGCUAACAUUUUUAAACCUGUGUAUAACGCAUAUCUAAACCGGUGAUGUCCGCUUCAGCUACAUCUCGUUUGCUGUCACAUCUGUUUUGAAUAUGGGUACGAUUUCACGUGAAAUAUACCGGCUUCUGUGCUUCUGUUUAUCGAUCCUCGUACCAUUGCACAAAAGCGUAGCUAUCCAUUAGAAACUGUUUUUUGGCAUGACUAUAGCUUCAUAAAACAUUUCUGGAAAGAAAGCGAAACCUUGCCGGACUUUGAAAAAAUCGAUGAUGAAAUAAACAAAUAUGAUCAACAGAAGUGUUAACAACUUCCGGGGCUGGACCCUGUGUCGAACACUGGCCACAGCGGCGGAUCCAGAGAGACUUAUCUGUGUUUCCGGUGAUUAUUUGUUUUGAGAUUUCCGCUGAGAUCCAUUUUUCAACAGCGUUCGUUUUUCCUGAUACAUGCGCCUCUACGUAUUUCGUAUACUUAUGCUGACAGAUGCACCCAUUGUGCAUUGUAAAUUAAGUCGUCGCUUUAUCCAUUCUUAAUCAAGCAGUCAUGAACGUCAGUAUUAGACUUCUGGUGUAAAAUUUAAUAUUAAUAUAUUGGACAGUAUUGUUACGCAUAUCAAGUAUAUACAUUUGAUUAUUUAAAGGACGCACUCUAUUAUGAUUUAAGAAGAUUAGACAUAGGGAUAGCUCUAUCGGUAUUCAUGCAAUAUCCAUGUAACCGAUUCGUGUUCCUACCAAUUUAAGUAUCUUAAUUUUCAAUUUCUAGUGGUAAAAGAUAAAAGUCUGUAAAUUCCAAAAUGUUUGAGGUAUAACUUUGAAGUAUUGUUGGUACUAAUGAAAAACUUAAAACAGCUUCAUUUCCCCAAUAUGUUUGCUGCUUAUGGCAUUCUCAUAUUACUCAAGGCGGGAUGAGAAGCAUACUCAUAACACUGAUCGAGAUGUGCUCUUAAUCAUAAAAGCGAUAUUUCUCUUUGUAAUAUCUAUCCAUUCAUUGCCAUGUACAUUUUUAUUCCAAUUGAGCAUGUGCAUUUCAAAACCCUCUCCAUAUUGAAUAAUUAAACUGCUUUAUCUGAUGUUUGACUAAGUUUCCGUCCUAUUUUGACUUGUACACACAAUAUUGAUGUCCUCAAACUCUUGAGUAAGGCAAUAUGCUAAUAUAAUGUUAUUCACGUUAUGUUAACAUUCAGAAGGCAUAUGAAGUAAAUCUUCAAAAUGUUAGUGAUAGCUUGCCCGCUGUCAGUGCAUACUCAAUAACCGCUACAUUUGUUAUGUAAUUUUGCAAUCAUCCCAAGGCAUGUCGCCGGCAUGGCAUUUUGUUCUCACAAUGUAGGCCCCAGACAUAAAACCAAGGGCACUUCACCUAAUGCUGUACAACUUCCCGACAUCGCUGAGGCAAGGCAUCCUGCUUUUUGUUGAAUAUCUUGUUCAGUCAUCAGUAUUGAACAUAAUUCUCAAAUGAGUAAUAUUUGCUCUCUGUGUUUGAUUGUAGUUUAUGCAGCGUGGCAUCGCUUGCACUUGUUUGAGUUUAUUUUUGCAUAGCCUAAACAUAAAAUUACAACCCGCCUACUACAUUGUACCAUGUACAAAGACUGUUAUCUGAUGCGAGAGUAGGCUCGUACAAGUCCGGUUCGGGACGUUGUAGUAUAGUGAACUGUUAUGGUCUUUUCCAAUUUACCAUUGUUUUGGAAUCAGCAUUGACGAAACAUCAUUAUAUGUCAAAAUAACAGUGCGAUUUACUUUUCGUUAUUUCGUUUGCAUACAAAAACGAUCAUUUUAAUAUAAAAAUGUAUAACAUAUCCUUUAAAAAGUUAACCUUCAUUAACGCAACCGACCGUUUUAUUGUCUGGUUUUUCUUAAUAUUAAAACUGAUAAUAUGGAGGCAUUAUUGAUUGUAAAAAUUACCUACAUGCACAAUUUACCUGAACAAGUCGGAAUGAUAUGACUUUGCGAUUUCUCCAAAGCAAAAUAUGCUUAAGGUCGAAUGAGUGUAUUGAUAAACGGAAAUAGGAAGUACAUCCCUAGUUGAAAAUCCAAUGU